UAUAUGUACAUAUGUAUCUGGCAUAAUUCGGCAUUAAAUGCAAUGUUUAAAUAUAAUUAAGACAUAAAACGUAAAAAUAGUAAUGGAUCCGAGUAAUUUUGCGUAUGAACAUUACGGAAUAUUAGUUCAAAACGAUGACGAUGAAGUUUCCAAACCCGUACACAAUCUAAAUGAUGUUUUGUGCCCCGACGGCAUUGUUCAAAGUGCUGAGAUAUAUCUUGAAUCCCAUCGACAUCAUAAUGAUAAAGUGUUUGAGACAUAUAUUCAAUCGGAGCAUAAUAACUAUGAUGCCAAAUCGCUGUUGAAGUUGGCUAAAAAUAUUUGCACCUCAUCCUCAACAUCAACCUUAGCAAAGGAGCAAAGGAACAAUGAUGUUAACUUAAAGUUGGAGGACACAAUUCCCCAAGAUUUGAUGAACUAUAUGCAGCAGCUACGAGAGCAACAACAACAACACCAACAACUAAGAGAAGAUAUAACUAUAGAUCAAACUAAAGCAACUGAAACAAUGGACAAUAGACAAAAGAAUGUGGCUUUAAUACAGACAGCGAAUGGAAAGUCAAGACGCUGGGAACAGAAAUUGGUACAAAUCAAGACAAUGGAGGGAGAGUUUAGUGUAACCAUGUGGGCAUCUGGGACAUCGGAUGAUGAUGAAUAUACUGGUGUCAAUGAUAAUGAGAAUGACUCAAACAUUGCUCCGCCCACAAUGUUAAUGUCGUCACCCAGUCAAGGCAUAAGCGAUGAACAGAUUCAUGAUCAAGAAAAGGACGAGACAGUAUUACAAGAACAGCAACAGCAAUUGUUAUAUCAACAGCAUCAGGAACAAUUCUUUCAGCUGCAACAGCAGAUGACAGGAACAGGAGCAGUAACAGGAACAGACGAAAGUACUCCGGGAUGUCAGCUAGUUAACGGACAAACUGUGGAGAAGCAAGCGUUGAAACCAAAGGAUAAUCCUUGCGAAAGAUCAACAGAAACUGUCUCUGCGACUGUGUCAGGAUCAGGAUCAGGAACAGUUCACUUUGCUUUAGGUGCACAAGUCAUUCGUCAAGAUGCUUCCGUUGAGAAUAUUGCAACGGAUACAGAUUCAGCGGACUUUACACAAUAUGUGAACGAUAAAAAGAUUGCCUGUCCACAUAAGGGUUGUCACAAAUACUUUCGGGAUUCAUCGGCAAUGCGCAAACACCUACACACACAUGGACCCCGUGUGCAUGUGUGUGCGGAAUGUGGCAAAGCAUUUGUGGAAAGCUCCAAACUAAAGAGGCAUCAAUUGGUUCAUACGGGAGAGAAACCAUUUCAAUGUACCUUUGAAGGCUGCGGAAAACGUUUUUCGUUAGACUUUAAUUUAAGAACACAUGUGAGAAUACACACUGGAGACAGGCCGUUUGUUUGCCCCUUUGAUGCUUGCAACAAAAAGUUUGCACAGUCAACCAACUUAAAAUCACAUAUAUUAACCCACGCUAAAGCCAAACGAAACACAGGUAAUUCACGCUUUGCCAAUUGUCCCAGUGCGAACGAACCUUUAAGUCCCAGUGGAGGAGAGGAAAGUUCAACAAAUUCUAAUUCAAAUUCAAUUAAAGUCGAAUUGCGUGAUAAUACAAUAUCAGUUAACCAUGCCUCUUUUGUAAUGUAUGCCGACUAAAAUGUGUGCUGCAUAUUUUAGUUACUCAAUAAGUGGUUAAGUGUAAGUUUAGGACAACUAAUAUAAGCUUAUAUAUAUAUAUAUAAAUAUAGAUUAUAAACACAAGAGAAAGAAAUUAGAAUGUAUGUAUAUAAAUAUAUGUGUGUACAUAUAGAAGGAAUGAAAAAGAGACUUAUUUUCUCAAUAAGAUUGUCAUUAAAAUGGAACGCAUAGAAAUUAA